UCCGAGCCGCCGCUUCUCUUCCAGCCUUGUCAGCAGCGCAGCGCGUCGGCAUCGCCGCUGAGCUCAGAGAGGGAGAGAGGGAAAAGAUAAAGACGACCAGCUCAGCAUGGCCGGCCGGGCGUGGGUCGGGCGGCUGCGCUGAGCACUCGGGGCCGGGCGUGCUCGCUCGGCGGCUGCGCUUAGCCAGAAAGGGAGAAAGUGACGCUCUUGCUGCUGCUGCUGCUGCUGCUGCUGCUGCUGCUGCUGCUGCUGCUGCUGCUGCUGCUGCUGCUGCUGCUGCUGCGCCCCCGAAGGAUGCAGGAGGCGGCGAUGGUGCUGGCCGGGGGCUGCCCCCCUCCUUCCCCCCCGCCGCCGCUGCUGCUGCAGCAGCAGUGCUAGAGUCCUCGUCUCCCUCCUCCACCUCCUCCUCCUCCUCCUCCACCUUCUACCUUGAAGAAGAAGGGCCAUGUAACCGCCUCCCUCCGCCUCCCCCAGCCCGGGAUAGCCACCGAUCUCCCCAGCUCUCCCUCUCCUCCUCCUCCUCCUCCUCCUCCUCUUUCCCGAGCCCGUCGCGGCGCUCUCUGGCCAAGGGCGCAACCAUGAAGAAGCAAUUCAACCGCAUGCGGCAGCUCGCCAACCAGACCGUGGGCAGGGCUGAAAAAACAGAAGUCCUAAAUGAAGAUCUCUUGCAGGUGGAGAAGCGUUUAGAGUUGGUGAAGCAGGUCUCCCACAGCACACACAAGAAACUGACAGCGUGUCUUCAGGGUCAGCAGGGAUCGGAUUCUGAUAAGCGCUCGAAGAAAUUGCCUUUGACAUCGCUAGCCCAAUGCUUGAUGGAAGGUUCUGCUAUUCUAGGGGACGACUCCCUGCUUGGGAAGAUGCUGAAGUUAUGUGGGGAAGCAGAGGACAAGCUUUCUCAAGAGCUCAUCCACUUUGAGCUGGAAAUUGAACGGGAUGUGAUUGAGCCGCUCUUCGUAUUGGCUGAAGUAGAAAUCCCCAAUAUCCAAAAACAGAGGAAACACUUAGCGAAAUUAGUUCUGGACAUGGAUUCGUCAAGGACAAGGUGGCAGCAGUCAGCCAAAUCUUCAGGUUUGUCAACCAACUUGCAGCCUUCGGGUGCCAAAGCGGAUGCUCUCAGGGAAGAGAUGGAGGAGGCAGCAAACAGAGUGGAGAUUUGCAGGGAUCAGCUCUCAGCUGACAUGUACAACUUUGUGGCCAAAGAGAUAGACUAUGCAAACUAUUUUCAGACUUUAAUAGAAGUGCAAGCAGAGUACCACAGGAAGUCAUUAGCACUUUUGCAGAAUGUGUUGCCUCAGAUCAAAGCACAGCAGGAAGCUUGGAUUGAAAAGCCCUCCUUUGGGAAGCCCCUUGAGGAGCACCUAGCUGUCAGUGGCCGGGAGAUUGCUUUCCCCAUCGAGGCGUGUGUCACUAUGCUCCUGGAGUGUGGCAUGCAGGAAGAGGGCCUAUUCCGGGUGGCCCCUUCAGCCUCUAAACUAAAGAAGCUUAAGGCAGCUCUUGACUGCUGUGUUGUGGAUGUUCAGGAGUACUCGCCCGACCCACAUGCCAUUGCAGGGGCACUGAAGUCCUAUCUUCGGGAAUUGCCAGAACCGCUCAUGACAUUUGAACUCUAUGAAGAAUGGAUCCAAGCCUCAAACAUCCAGGACCAAGACAAGAGGCUGCAGGCCCUGUGGAAUGCCCUUGAGAAAUUGCCCAAGCCCAGCUACAACAAUCUAAGGUACCUGAUCAAAUUCCUUGCACACUUAACAGAGUACCAGGAUGCAAACAAAAUGACCCCAAGCAACAUAGCGAUUGUGUUGGGGCCUAACCUUCUCUGGCCUCAGACAGAAGGAAACAUCACCGAGAUGAUGGCGACCGUCUCCCUGCAGAUUGUUGCAAUUAUUGAGCCCCUCAUCCAGCAUGCAGAUUGGUUCUUUCCAGGAGACAUUGAGUUCAACUUGACUGGGAACUAUGGCAGCCCUGUGCAUGUGAACCACAACGCAAAUUACAAUUCCAUGCCGUCACCUGAUAUGGACCACACCGACCGCAAGCAACCUGACCAGGCCCGGCGACCGCUUAGCGUGGCCACAGACAACAUGAUGCUGGAGUUCUACAAGAAGGAUGGCAUGGGCGUCCGGGUGAUGGACACCUCAUGGGUGGCUCGCAGAGGCACCUCCUCCAUAGUUCGUAAGGCAUCCUCCACCCCUCCUGCCAUGCAGCCCCCCGCUCCGCCUUCCGAUCUUGCUGCUACUCCUCAGUCACCAAUUCCUGAGCAAUCUCUUGACAUUUCAGCUACUCCCUCCCUAACUCCAACUAGCUUCGGUUUCCCGCCAGGGGCUGAGAGAGCAAGCACGGAUGGUGUGUCGUCUAGUUGGUCGGAUUCCUGUUACAUCUACCCAUCCCCUGAGGACGACAAGCCUCCCCCAUACCCCUGCUACUCAUCCUUCCACCACCACCACCACCACCCCAAGACUGGUCCAUGCGCUAGGCCGGAGCCCCCCUUGCCGCUGUACCGGUGGCCAGGGUACAGCCAAACGCUGCCUCCCCCUUCCUCCUCCUCCUCUUCUUCCUCUCCCUCCCCUCAGCAGCUUGACAUUAACUCUAACCCGAAACCGUAUUUCCUGCACCUCCCUAAGCAGAGCUCCUUCACAGAGUUGCAUGGUCCUGAGACUAACCUCUCCUCCGUCUACAUGAAACCCCCCCUCACCUUAUCCAAACCCGAUCCUCCUGGCACUCCUUACAGCUCCCAUAUGUCAGUCUCUCCCCCCUGGGUCAGCUGCACCUGUGCCAGAGACAGAGGAACCGGGCUCACUAGCACACUAAAAACCAAGGAACUCUCUCCUGUUUCUGGGCAGAAAGGGAGUCCGGUUUGUGGCCCUGCAGCACCAUGUGGGACCACACAGCAGUUGCCUGGUCUCACACAGCAGCUGUCCACAGAACAGAGCCCACACGCUCUGCGGAAAGUUUCAAAGAAGCUGACCCCCAUCCCUGCCAAGGUUCCUUACGGCCAGUCAGGUGGUAUGUCCGAUCAGUCUACGGGGCAGCCGUCCCCUGCCAGCCUUUCUCCCACCCCACCAAGCACCCCAUCACCCUAUGGACUGAGUUACCCACCAGGCUACUCCCUGGGCUCGGGCCCACUCUCCCCGGCAGCUGCUCCUUCUCUGUCUUCUCCUCCUUCCCUGACGAGCACUUUAACCAAAUCUCGGCCCACCCCUAAGCCACGACAGAGGCCCACGCUGCCACCUCCACAGCCUCCCACAUCAAACGCAUCCGGCUCUAGUCCGCAGUCCACGGAGCACACAGUACUUGACGGCAUGUCCCCCGGGGAGAGCAUGUCCACAGCUGUUUGAGGCUCGUGAUGCAAUAUUGGAUAGGUGUGAGGGGAAUGCUCAGGGUAAGCUGGAGUCCCUGCCCUCCUCCCUGAACCUUCUGCCACUACUGCUGCUGCUGCUGCUGCUGCCAAUGUCACCUCCACCCCCCCUGGCCCCCGUGCCUUUCCUCACAGAGUCACCCUCACCCGCCUACCCCAUCUCGCUGGCCUUGCAUGGGGCACGCUGAUCCAGAACUGCAUGGCUGCUCAAGCCUGCUCUCCACUCCCAAGCUGAAUGAUAAUGAUGUCAUUAGUAAACUUGUGGGGGGGGUGCUUCUCACUUGGCCUUUCAUACCUGGUGUGUGUGUGUGUGUGUGUGUGUGUGUGUGUGUGUGUGUGUGUUUAAAUAUAUAUAUCUAUAUAUGCAGACAUUCAACUAAUUCCUUUCCAAGCCAUGGGAUUCACUGGCUCCUACCUAACCUUGCUAGCCCCUUUCUUACCAACGUGACUUUCUCCCUCUCCCAUUCCAUGUGUUAUUUCCAAAGGGAUGUCAUGAUAUUGCCAUUAAUGAAUAUUAAUGGCAGUUGUUUGUCGUGGGUGAAGCCAAAGGGGCAACCCAGGAGCAGGCUCUGCGGGAUCUUCUUCUCCCCCAAGUAAGGAUGCUGUGACCGCAGCUGAAAUCCAGCAACAUCUGGAGGAACUGAGGUUCCCCACUCCUGCUUUUUACACUAUGAAGGUCCUCAGCUCAGCUGAAAAGCCUAGCAAAUCACCCUUCGUUCUCAAGUACAUCUCCCACAGCUGAUUUAGAGUUGCUUCCCCAUUCCUAUUCAUGGGUAAAUGCUCUCAGAAGUAAUAUCAUAUUAUGAGUGUGGUUUUUCCUCAGUUCAGUAUGCAAGGAUCCCAUGCAGCUUGCAGGUUCACUUAUCCUGUCUCACAAGUAACCAUGUGGAAGCUAUUCCUUUGCUUCCGAGAGAAGUAGUGACUUUCAUUGCUUAAAAUUAUACAUAGUGUGACAUGCUCCUCCCUGGCUAGGUGGGGACUGUCUACAUCUUAAUUGAAAUAGGAGGCUUGUCUGACUGGAAAGCAAGGGGGGGUGAACAGGAUGUUUUGUCAUAGCCUAUUUGUGUCUUGUGGAGCUCUGGGGAGAGGUCAUGGCUGUGCAUGGGAUGUUGUCAUUUUGGUAAAUCUGGAUGCUUUUGUUUAUCAACAGAUAAGUAAGCCUACUCUGUCCUAAUUGCACAUAGUCUUCAGAUCAGCUGUUUGGAGGACUUGUCCAUCAAUUCUUAGCCACUUUGGCCACACCGUGGAGUUACUUCAUAUGAUUUGUGAAAGAGGCAUUUAGAGCAUACCCAUCAUGGGAUUAUGCUGUGAACACUGUAUCAUCCAGAGGAGAGAUUUGUGUGUGUACUUUGGCUGCUGGGCAUGUGCUUACCUGUGGGCCCACAAAUAUUCUUGCCUCCUUCAGAGAUAUGGGGAGAUUUGGUAGGCACAUUUUGAACAUCUUUUUCACAUCUUGAGGAGUGGCCCCAAAUGAGAUUUAGGAAAGAGCUGCCUUUCCUUUAUUCAAUGCCCCAUUGGAUUAAGCAAGGACCAAAAAGAUUCUGCUCUGCGGAGACAUGUAUUUAACAAUAUCCCUUGUCAUUUCUCCAAUUGACUAGCUCUUCAGGGUGGUUUUACACAUUUAUAAGCCAACCUUGUCAUUUGGUCCAGAUGUGCAAAUAAGUUAAAUAUUUUACUUAUUUCUGAUAGCAUGUCUAUGGAUAGUAAGCCACCAAAAAGCACAUGUAAUAGAAAAGUGAACCUUGAGAAGUUGAAUGGGAUACUUGCCACUUAGGGGCACAAGCAGAGGGAACAGAGAUGCUAAAUUCUAGGUGUAAAGUACUGGCUGCCUAGAUUCCUUCAUUAGAGGGAACCGUUUUCAGCAAGGCUGAGCUAAGGGGGACAGCAAAGGUGUCCAGGCAGCUUUGGCAAAUUUUGUCUUGUUGAUACCCCCUUGCCAAAUGAGAUUGGGGUCUUGGGUUCUUUCGCCUAAAGAUAUUUAAAGCAACUUUGAAAGUAACUUCUCAAUUCAGUAUCCUUCAAGUGAUUUGCCUGCCUGCCUGCCCACGUACCUGUAUGCUAAGUCAUUUGUGGCACAUGGGUGGUGAAAGUGGGAGGAGGACUGGGAGGGAAACUGUCUCCCCAUUUCCAAACUCUUUCCUGCAUGGUUGCCUGGACAUUUUCUCUCACAACAGAUGGCAAUCCAGGUUGCUAUUUACAGGCCCAUGGUUAAGACUAGGUUCGGAAACUGCAGGAUAUGCUGCUCUCUGCUGCCUUCGGCCCAGAAUCUGGUUUGCUGAGCUGUUGUUGAGAUUAAGAAGCAUGUGGCCUAGACCCCGAUUCACGUGUGCUUGUGGGGAAGGGGCAACUAUGAAGAAUGUUGCAGCAGCAAAAGGCACAAGCCAAGAUUAUAUUAUGACAUCCCUUUUCUCUGGCAUUAACAGGCUCCGAGAACUGUACUUCCUGCUCAGUUUAAAAGUUAAAACGUUGACUAUUUUUGCCUGUCUUAAUCUGUAUAUGAACGGGUGGGCAGACGUUGCCUGGAGCAGCAUGGUAACUCUCUGUCUCCCUGUGUGUCUGUGCCUGAUUGCAGAUCUUGCCCACCUUGAUAUCCCUUCCAUCCAUGUAGAGGUUGAUGCCACACUCCACCUGGACCCACUGGGACAAGUCCAGAGACAUCCGGUACAAGGAAAAAUCAAUUCA